GAGACAGGGUCUCACUAUUUGCCCAGACAGGCUUUGAACUGUGAUCCUCUUGAUCUCUGCCUCCUAAAUAGGUAGGAUUACAGUCAUAAGCCACUAGCACCUGUGUGAGAUGCCUCUUGAGCCACUCCACCAACCCUUGUUUUGGUGGAACUGGUUUGAACUCAGGGCUUUCCUCUUGAACCACACCUCCCAUCCAUUUUGCUGUGGUUAUUUUUAUUUAUUUUUUGGCAGUAUUGGGGCUUGAACUCAUGUUACUGGAAAACCAGUCACCGGCACCUGGCUGAAUCUCAUUUUCUAACUCUCCUGAGGUUUCUCUAAGGAACAAAUGAGUUUAUGCAUAUGGAUGUGUUCUGUAGUUACAAAUGCCUUUUACAAAAUAGGUAAUAAUAAUCAUUUUUAUAAUUACAUUAAGCCAUGUGAGUGAGUAAGAUCUUGGAGGAAGACAACCCAGAAAGAUCAGAGGUCCUACGGUUAAAACUUGGAAACACCUCAAAGUAUAUCAUCCAGAAGAGGAACCCACAAUGGAGGCAGAGGUAAACUUGAAGAGGACAGGAAGAUGCCACCCAAACGCAUAGCCAAGAGAAGAUCACCCUCAGAAGAUGCCAUCCCCAAAAGCAAGAAGGUGAAGGUCUCACACAGGUCCCACAACACAGAACCAGGCUUGGUGCUGACACUGGGCCAGGGCGACGUGGGCCAGCUGGGGCUGGGUGAGAACGUCAUGGAGAGGAAGAAGCCGGCCCUGGUGCCCAUUCUGGAGGCUGUUGUGCAGGCCGAGGCGGGGGGCAUGCACACUGUGUGUCUCAGCAAAAGUGGCCAGGUCUACUCCUUCGGCUGCAACGAUGAGGGUGCCCUGGGAAGGGACACAUCAGUGGAGGGCUCAGAGAUGGUCCCUGGAAAGGUGGAACUGCAAGAGAAGGUGAUACAGGUGUCAGCAGGAGAUAGUCACACGGCAGCCCUCACCGAGGAUGGCCGCGUCUUCCUCUGGGGCUCCUUCCGGGACAAUAAUGGUGUGAUUGGGCUCUUGGAGCCCAUGAAGAAGAGCAUGGUGCCUGUGCAAGUGCAGCUGGACGUGCCCGUCGUGAAGGUGGCCUCAGGAAACGACCACUUGGUGAUGCUCACAGCUGAUGGUGACCUCUAUACCUUGGGCUGCGGGGAGCAGGGCCAACUGGGUCGUGUGCCUGAGUUAUUUGCCAACCGUGGUGGCCGGCAGGGCCUCGAGCGACUACUGGUGCCCAAGUGUGUGCUCUUGAAAUCCAGGGGUUGCCGGGGCCAUGUGAGGUUCCAGGAUGCUUUCUGUGGUGCCUAUUUCACUUUUGCUAUCUCCCACGAGGGCCAUGUGUAUGGCUUUGGGCUCUCCAACUACCAUCAGCUUGGAACACCAGGCACAGAAUCUUGCUUCGUACCCCAGAACUUGACAUCCUUCAAGAAUUCCACUAAGUCCUGGGUGGGCUUCUCUGGUGGCCAGCACCAUACAGUCUGCAUGGAUUCAGAAGGAAAAGCAUACAGCCUUGGCCGGGCAGAGUAUGGGCGGCUGGGCCUCGGGGAGGGUGCUGAGGAGAAGAGCACACCCACCCUUAUCUCCAGGCUGCCCACUGUCUCCUCAGUAGCCUGUGGAGCCUCUGUGGGGUAUGCCGUGUCCAAGGAUGGUCGUGUUUUUGCCUGGGGCAUGGGCACCAAUUACCAGCUGGGCACAGGACAGGACGAGGACGCCUGGAGCCCCGUGGAGAUGACUGGCAAGCAACUGGAGAACCGUGUGGUGUUAUCUGUGUCCAGCGGGGGCCAGCACACAGUCUUAUUAGUCAAAGACAAGGAACAGAGUUGAUGAAGCUUCUGAGGGCCUGGCUUCUGGCCCCCCCCACCCUCCCUCACAGAAUAGGGAAGCAAAGACAACUGCAGAUUCCUGAAGGCCUCUCCCCAGCCCUGAGCACACUGUCACCUCCUGCCUUUUUCCCAUCAACACAGCAGAAUCCUUGUCCUCAUUUUCUUCCUCCUUUCUGGAGUCAUCCUGGGACCUGCAGGAUGAAGAGGGAGGGGGAGGGUCGUUGGAAGGAACGCUGCUCCCUCCAGACCUACGUGGUCAGACCUUUGCUCACACUUCCCUACCUACCAUGGUCCUGGCUGGUCUUGGCUUUGCCUACCGAAAAACCAGAACUUCCUCCCCUGGGGAUUUGGUGGUCACACUCUGAGAAGUUGGAGUUCCGUCAAGCCCUACUCAGGCCACAUACAGCCCUUCUACAGCAGAUGGUGCGGUCACCAGACUCAGCUGUCACGGCUGACUCAGCUGGGGGAAUCUGGAGAAAGGCAGGGCUAUAGGGCCGUGGGUGACCCCAAGCCAAAUAUUUGGCUCUAAGCAGGUGUCCAUGGAGCAAAAGAAAGUGAUCCAGUUGAAGGAGACAAACCAUCUCGCUGUUAUCCCAGAAGCACAAAGCAGAUCUUGUUCCUCAGACCUGCCAUGUUUUCCCUCAACCAUUCAGGCUUGCUUGCCCACAGCCAAGAACCAGAAAGCUAUGUGGACAGGGUUGUAGGGGAGAGAGGAGGGAGGAUUUUAUAAAUAUACAGCAAUACUGAGGGAGGGACAGAGGCUGGUCCUAAGAAAAGGAAGCAGCGGCUUGUACAGUGGCUGAGAAAAUAGUUUUGAUUUUUUUUAAAUUGUAAGAUAUUUUGGAGGGGAGAGUGAAAUCUUUUAAAACUUUGAAUAAAUUAGAGUUUUGUAAAACAGGCCACUUGUUUUCUACACCCUCCCUGUUUUCUUGAGGGAGCACAUGCCAGAUGCGGGUUCUGUUGCAAAGGGAAGAAUAAACACAUGCCUGUGAGCCUGGUGUCACAGAUACAGUGUGAAGGAUAUCAAGAUAUCCCACUGCUCUGUGUACCUGCCAGCCAACCAGAUGCCAUUGGCUGCUCUAAGGACUUCAGAUCCAUCAAGAAGGAGAAAAAGGUGCUUGGGUGUUCAUUAUUUGGGAAUCACUGGAUUUUUUCUUUUUUUUAAUCAUGCUGCAUAAUACAAGAAAAAUGGGAUGGAUCUUUUAAUUUCUUAAUCCCAGA